AUCUCAAAGGCUAAUAUUACAACCCAGGUAAUUUUAUAAUAAUAAAUUAUACUAAUUAACUAUAUUAUGUAAUUAAAUAAUAAUAAUAACAAUGUAUCCUUAUAUAUAGGAGAAAAUCGAGAAUAUAUAUCGUGAGUUGACCAUCAUGAUGACAUUGUCGGAUCACCCGAACAUUGUGAAGCUAAAGGCAUUUCGUGAAGAUGAAGACUUCUUUUACUUUAUUAUGGAGCUUUGUGAGGGAGGCGAGUUGUUUGAUCGAAUUGAGGCUAAAGACUACUUGGCCAAGGCAGGCGGCCCUGUGGCUAAGAUGAUAGCCAAGGCAGUUUGUAUGUGCCAUGUGGCUGGGGUCAUACAUAGAGAUUUGAAGCCUGAAAACUUUUUGUUCCUUAACAACCAACCAGACUCGCCUCUCAAACUCAUUGAUUUUGGAUUUUCUGUGUUUUUUAAACCUAAUCAAAGGUUUUCAGAUAUAGUGGGGACUCUGUCUUAUGUAGCUCCGGAAAUGUUGAGCCAAUGGAAGCGUCAUGGACCAGAAGUGGAUAUUUGGAGUGCUGGAGUUAUCAUUUACAUUAUGUUAUGUGGUCAUUUCCCAUUUUAUCUUAAUUCAGAUUUAGAUUUUGAUAAAACUACUCAGACAACUUGUGCUAUUUUAAAAGGAGACAUAGACUUUGAAACACAACCGUGGCCUCAAAUUUCUGAGAGUGCUAAGAGUCUUAUUAGGCAAAUGCUAGAGCGUGAUCCAAAAAAGCGUUUGACUGCUCAACAAGUGCUUGGUAAUUACUAAUCUAUGCAUAUAUAUUUUUUGUUUUGUAAUAUGUCUUUCUAAUUAAUUUUAUUUUCUUAAUUAACUUUAUUAAUAUUGGUUAUUAUGUUUAUUAUUGCAGAGCACCCUUGGAUUCGAAAUGCAUAAAAGUACCAAAUGAUACUACUUUUCUUUUUGGUCUAUCCAUGGCAUGGAUAAUAAAGAGUUCAAUUCAAGAUGAUGAAGACGAAAAUAUACUCUUGUCUUAAUUAAUAAUCAUUUACUGUUAUGUAUAUUUAUAUUUUAUCACCCUUUGUUUUAUUUGUAUUAAUAUUGAUUAUUUCACAACAUUCUAUUUCGUUUGCAGCAUUUAUUUCAACUUCAACUUUUUAUUUAUUCAUACAUGUAUGUGUGUUUUUCUACUUAAUUAAUUAAUUUCUGUACAAUUACAAC